UGUUCAGACACUUUUCAGACAGCACAAUAAUGUGGACAUCGCUGUUGUUCCUAUCUGUUUUGUCUUUCUAUGGAUGCAAAAUGUGCGCUUCAGGUUUUAUCUGCCCGAGGAUCUGCCGCUGUUUCUCCAACACAAUCAGAUGCAACAAUGUGACACAAGGGUCAGCCCUGAUGAUGGACCACAGAGAUAAAAGACUGUUUCUCUAUCACUUGACUUUGCACACAAUUUCAAGCCAUUCUUUUGAGGGUUUGAAAGGAGUCCAGAGGAUUGAGAUUGCUCAGAGCGUAACCCUGGAAACUAUUGAGACAUUAGCUUUUAAUAACCUUCCCAACCUCUCUGAAAUCUCAAUCCAGAACACAAGGAGUCUGAUGCACAUUGGCAGGAGGACUUUUAACAACCUUCCCAAACUACAUUACUUGAGCAUUUCAAACACUGUGAUAACAGUUUUUCCUGACAUCACAUCAAUCCAUUCUCUCGAAUCAGAGUUUAUCUUGGAUAUCUGUGACAGCCCGUAUCUACUGGAAAUACCUCCAAAUGCUUUUAUUGGAAUGACAAAAGAAUACGUAACAAUGAACCUGUACAACAACGGCAUCAGAGAAAUACACAACCAUGCCUUCAAUGGGACAAAGAUAGAUAAGCUGGUAUUAAAGAAUAAUCGAAACCUCAGAGUGAUCCACAGAGAUGCGUUCAAAGGAGCCACAGGCCCCGGAGUCUUGGACGUGUCUGCGACAGCUCUCAAAAAGUUACCACCGCAGGGACUGGAAUCAGUUCUGGUGUUGUUUGCUCAGUCAGCAUAUGCCUUGAAGAGUCUGCCUCCUCUGCAGGGACUGUGGAGCCUACGAGAGGCCCAUCUCACCUACAACAGCCACUGUUGUGCACUGCUGAGCUGGAACACCCACAGGGACUUUACCAGAAACCCUGCAUGGAAUAAUGGCUCUACAUACUGUGAUGAGAGUGACCCAUCAGCAAGGGUUCAGCAUGAGAUUGCAGGUUCAGCAGAUACAACUCUAGUUAUGGAUAUGCCAUUUUUUUCAGACGCUGAUUUGUUUGUGGAGGAUAAAGGCUUUGGAGAUGUGAAUUUUCACUAUCCCGAACUGGACUUGUGUCAGAUCCGGCCAACAUUGGUUUGUACACCUGAAGCAGAUGCUUUCAAUCCCUGUGAGGACAUUGCAGGUUUCAGUUUUCUCAGAGUGGCCAUUUGGUUCAUCAACAUACUGGCCAUCACAGGCAACCUGACAGUGCUCCUGGUCUCCUUAACCAGCCGGGACAAGCUGACGGUGCCUCGCUUCCUCAUGUGCCACCUGGCUUUUGCAGAUCUCUGCAUUGGGAUCUACCUUCUGAUGAUAGCUGCAGUAGACUUGCACACACAAGGACACUACAGUCAACAUGCUAUUGAAUGGCAGACAGGGCCUGGCUGUUGUGCUGCAGGCUUCCUGUCUGUGUUUGGGGGGGAGCUGUCAGUCUACACCCUUUCCACCAUCACCCUGGAGCGCUGGCACACCAUCACCAACGCUCUGCAGAUAGAGCGUCGUCUGGUACUGACACAGGCAGCAACUAUAAUGGCAGCUGGUUGGCUCAUCUGUCUGGGGAUGGGGGUGCUGCCCCUGGUUGGUGUGAGCAGUUACGCUAAAGUCAGCAUGUGCUUACCCAUGGACAUACAGACUCCUCUGGCUCAAGCCUUCAUCAUAAUUAUCCUGCUGUUCAAUGUGGGGGCCUUCGUAGUUGUGUGCGUUUGCUAUGUGCUGAUCUAUCUGGCUGUAAAUAACCCCGAGCUCCCCAGAAGAAGUGCUGACACCAAGAUUGCAAAGCGCAUGGCUGUGCUCAUCUUCACAGAUUUCCUCUGCAUGGCACCCAUCUCCUUCUUUGCCAUCUCUGCUGCUUUUAAGGUUCCCCUCAUCACUGUCACCAACUCCAAGAUUCUGCUGGUGCUCUUCUUCCCAAUCAAUUCCUGUGCCAAUCCCUUCCUCUACGCUAUCUUCACCAAGGCUUUCAGAAAGGACGCGUAUCAGCUCAUGAGUGCCAUGGGCUGCUGUAAAAACAAGGCCAGCGUUUAUCGCAUGAAGGCCUCAUGCUGCGAAAAUGCAAUCAGCUUGGGGUCCAAUAAAAAAGGAUCCUGCACUGGGGUGAGGCUGACUGCCAUACCACGUCAGAGCCAUCACCCAAAAGAGGAGGGGGAGCUCACCUUAGACAAACCCUUUAAGACUGUUGAAGUGACAACUGGACAAUAAGAGAAACUGAGGAAAAACAACGUAUCCUGAAUUUGGAGGAAAAUAUUUACUUGUUGGCAUCUGUCAUGUUGACAUUGAUGACACAAUUUAACUAUUUCAUUCUGUGCUGUUGGAGAUGCUCUUAUUGUUUUAUUAAAAAGUAUUUAGUGAA